AGGGCAAGCAUGCCUUCAUCAACGAUAACCGACCACCACGCAUCAUCUUUGGGAUGAAGGUGCGGACAUUCCUGGUGGUGUCGGCGAUCAUGAUCAUGGUCAUUGUGGGAGCGGCAGUCGGGGGUGCGGUGGGCGGUCAGAGCCUGCGAAAUAACACAUCGUACCCGAGCUACACGGGGUAAGUGCUGCAUGAGUACACCCCAACUUUCGAUCACGGCACUGAUGGAAGAGCGUAGCACACCAAACUCCACGGCGAGCUCAUCACCAUCAGCUACUACAUCCGCAGCGUCAACCACAUCAACUUUCGCCGCACCGACACCGACAUACACGCCAAUAUCGGACUGCCCGGCAUCGAACAACACCGGCUACACUUCAACCUACGCCCAAGGCUCAGCAGGAAGUGUACCAGCUGGCGCUGCGCUCACCUUCACAAAGUACUGCGACCUAACGAACCCACUAACGCAAAGUGGCGCGACGAGGAUCGCACAAGCCUUCGUAUACAGCUUCAGCGACUGCGUGGAAGUGUGUGCUGGCUACAACUUCAACAACGCGGGCGGCAACUGCACAAUCGCCGUUUACCGAGCGACUGGCUCGCGGCCAAGCAACUGCUGGGUCGGUUCGACAGCGAGUAGUGUCUCUGCAAGUUCGCUGGGCUCGGACGAAGGCACGGAUGUUGCGCUCUUGAGACGGUCAUAGAUGGACAUGUCUGCUGCAUCGUAAUGUAUAGGUAACGACUACCGAGGUUGGGGAUUAUGUGUAGCUGGCAUGUUGGUAUUUUGGCGAAGGCGCUCUCGGAGCUUAAUCUGAGGUAUCAUACCAACAGAGUCCUGCUUGACAGUUCGACAACAGGAUCAUUCUUGCAUUAU